AGUCCGCCGCUCAGCUCAGCUGCUUUCAAGUACAUGGAGAAAACACACAGCAAACGUUCGGAGGAGACACCGGAGCUUCACAAACAGGAAUCAGGAUGGUGUAUAGCGCGGCUCUGCUCUUCGGACACGGAGUUACCGUCCCGGCGGAGGAAAACAGCGUCGUAGAGAUGAUAGGAAAGUACUUCUGCCAACUCACAUCCCCGGGCACCAAGACGAACGGUGCCCGGCGGGGAAGCGUCGAGAGCUGCGAUGAGAGAGACACUAACUCACCUCUAACUGAUGUCAACGUUGGUUUGGAGAAUGAUCAGCGGCUCCUCCAGCAGGGUGUGACCCGGCAGAUCGAGCGCUGCCUGACAGAGGCCAAAGCUUCUGUCCUCUUCUGCCAGGUGCUGCUGCUGCCUCGCCACAUGACCGCCAGGGUGGGCCAGGACGUGGUGCGAACCUCUGCUGAUGAGCCCUGUGGGCUCCGCGGGGCCUCCAUCACGCUUUACGUCGAGAGCAAAGACGGCCUGAAGUCUGCUGGCAGCGUCAUUCCUGACCCGACUGUCACCCCAACCUUUGAGCUGUCUGUGGUCUUCAAAGUGGAUGACGGCUGGCCACCACUCAAGCACAUCUUCGAUUCCAACAAGGUGCUGAAGCUAAGACCAGAGUACCGUCUGGUGAAGAGGAAGCUCUACUCCUCUGCCACUCCUGUUGUUCACGACUUCAACUAGCAGUGAAGCUGAGAAUAACAUGUUGCACCUCUUAUUUUUGCGUUUCAAAUGUCCAGCUUCAUGCUUACAAGCCUUUCCUGGCGUGCACAGAAAAAUGCUGGAGUUCCUGUGUUAUAAUUUAACUCUAAAGAUUGUUCUUCAUGUCUUGUAUGAAUGUGUACUUUGACUGCUACGCUGUUGUAAAUGUUACCACAGUACUUUGCAGAGAACGGUUGAAUGUUGAAGGUCGUACACUGUAAACAUGCAAAAUUCAUUCCAGGAUUGGGCAGGUCUCAGUCCUGAUGUGCGUUAUACCUUGUUAUUUAUACAACUGUAAAAUAAAUUUUUUGCACUA